GUGUGUUCCCACUCUUUGGACACUCACAAUACCAACCAACAUUUUCCAUUAUUUGAAUGAGUUAUCAUACCUAGCUUCUUUCCUUUCCAAAAAAAAUAUAGCUUGAGACCAUAGUUUUAAGUUGUUCAAGUCAUCUCUAUUACUCUGUGGAAGGUUUCAGUCAAGAUAGUUACAAAUCUGAAAAGUGGUAGGAUUAUCCUGGGAGCGAGCUAGCCAGAUCCGUCCAAAUAGCUAUCGGAAUACGGAGGCUAUCUUUCUUCAAGGUUGGGAGGGAACAUGCAAUGACUCUCGAGCAUUUUUAGAUGCAAUUACAAGAAGCGAAAAUGGGUUGUCCAUGCCUCGUAUUGGUUAUUACUAUGUUGUUGAUGCCGGCUAUCCAGAUGUUCCAGGCUUUUUAGCCCCAUACCGUGGAGAGAGUUAUCACUUAAAUGAUUUUCGAGGCCGAGGACGAAUACGCAAUAAGCAAGCUUUGUUUAACUAUCGACACUCGUCCUUGCGUAAUGUGAUCGAGAGGUGUUUCAGAGUACUAAAGGAAAGAUUUCUCAUUUUAGUCAUAUCACGUGGUUACCCAUUGAGAAGACAUGUUCAAAUUCCCAUAACCUGUUGCACAAUGCAUAACUUCAUUCGCAUGCAAGAUAGGAACGACCGUUUGUUCUUGGAGUACAAGGAUAUGAUAUUUGACACGGUGGCAAGUACAAGUGAAAAUGGAUGACUC